AUGGCGACAACUGAAGUAACAGAUGGGAAGGUGGUCAUGAAAGGAGGUGCAACUGACGAGAUAGACAUUGAAAGAAUAGCUACGACAGGCACCGAGCACCAUGGCGAAUCAAAGGAGAUCCAGGCAGCGGAUAACGCAGGGUUUCACCGGUCUCUCACCAGAAGAAAGGUGAUGAUGAUGACUUUUGGUGCUGGUAUCGGGACCGGUCUCUGGGUAGGAACUGGACAAGCGUUAUAUUAUGCUGGUCCUGGUGGAAUCGCCUUAACCUAUACUUUGACUGCAAUGGUCGUCUACGCACAGUACUGCUCAAUUGGUGAAAUGAUGGCAUACAAACCCGUUCAUGGAGGUUUCAUUCGAACAUGCAUUGAAUACGUGGAUCCCGCAUUCGGUUUCGCUGUUGGAAUCAACUUUUGGUUCGCAUGGGUCAUGAUUAUUCCCGCCGAGAUAACAGCAGCAGUUUCAGUCUUGAAAUUCUGGCCAGCAACAGACGCCCUCCCUUUGGCCGUAUACAUCACAAUUUUCCUGGUGGUAAUUGCGCUUGCCAAUCUCUUCCACGUUCGGAUUUACGGCUACAUCGAAUACUACAUGUCAUUUUUCAAAUGCGCCGCAAUCAUAUUAAUGAUUUGCUUCCUGUUUAUCAUGACGUCGGGAGGGAUUGCGGCUACUAAUGGCCCUAUUGAGUUUCGCUACUGGAAGAACCCGGGUGCAUUCAAGAAUGGAAUGAAGGGCAUUGCAAAAGCCUUCGUGCAAGCGGCAUUUAGCUUCGGUGGUGGCGAACAUGUUGCUGUAAUUGCCGGCGAGAUAGCGAAUCCCCGACACACAAUCAAGAAAACCGUCCGUCCCGUCUUCUGGCGCAUGUUCACUUUUUUCAUCGUCAACAUUUGGCUAGUGGGUAUGUGUGUGCCAUCUGAUGACACCAGCCUGGCCACUGCAAGUGGAACUCUGGCAAGUCCUUUCGUGAUCGCUAUUAAGCGCGCAGACGUGUAUGGACUGGCACAUGCCAUCAACGGUUUCAUUUUUCUCAGCGUGAUUAGCUGUGGAAUUACCAGUGUCUACGUGGCAAGUAGAAGCCUGACAGCACUUGCAGACUUGAAUAUUAUACAUCCUUUUUUUGGUCGAAAAGAUGCGCAGGGCCGGCCGCUUGUGGCGAUAGCGAUCAGCCUAGGACUUGGCGGUGGACUCUGCUAUCUCAAUUGUGACAGUAUUGGUACUGUGGUAUACAAUUGGUUUUCCUCUCUGGUCGCUAUCGCAACUCUUUUCGAAUGGUCCGGAUGUUACAUUUCUCACCUACGAUUUAGACAAGGACUAAAGGCUCAAGGCAAGGAUCUAAAGACAUUACCUUUCAAGAGUUUCUUUACGCCCUGGGCACAGUACUUCAGUCUCAUCCUAGUGGUCUUUAUCUUCGGUUGUGAAUUCUAUCUGUCGUGUUGGCCCUUCGGUGAAAAAGGCUCUGCAAAGACAUUUUUCUCCACCUACCUCGCUGCUCCAUUAUUUGUCUUUGACUAUUGCGCCUACAAGUUUUAUUUCAAAACAAAGAUUGUGAAAUCCACCGAGAUGGAUUUUUCCGCAGCAGAUUAUUUCGAUGAAGAGGAUCGUUUGAACGCAAUGAUACCGCAAGAACAAAAACAAGCGGCAAAGACAGGAACAACAGCAUGGAUUAAGCGCGUUCGAUAUGUGAUAUUCGGAUAA